ACACAGGACGUCCGUGUGUGUCCGUCGGCACACACAGGACGUCCGUGGCUGUCCGUCAGCACACACAGAACGUCCGUGGCUGUCCAUCAGUACACAUAUCAGCACGCUGGUCCUUCCCUUGGCUGAUUUUGGACAACCAUAGUGUUGUGGUUACGAAAUCCAUGGUUCAACCAGAGUCUCACCAAACCGUCCAAACCGGCCAUCUAGGAGGUACCAGCGACCGAGGUUCAGUCCAAGGCGUCCAGAUACAAGGAGAACACCAUCUACAUUCAUUUGGCCAAGAUUCUCAUCAUAAAGCCUCCAACGGCUAGUUUUAAUGGAGCCAUCAAUUCCUUUGCUUCCAAGUUUAUUAUUUCGAUUUUUAUUUCUUUCCUUAUGUCAUUUUAUGACAGUUAGAGAGUCCUUGGUCGAGCCUAUAAAGCUCUAGUCUUUGUUUCAUUGUAAAUUACCCAUCUUUGAAAGUAUUAUGAAUUAUUCAGUUUUUCUAGUUUUGUCAAAACUAUUUUUGUGUGAAGCAGCUCCAAAGCACCUUGACUUAUCAAGGCUCCUUUCCAUUUGAGUCUUGUGGCGUCCUCAAUCCCCCAUCCUUCCAUUCCAAUUCGUUUGCCAAGCUUGAGAGAGACAUCAGUCCAGCAAGCAAAGCACCAUCUCAAUCCACUUCAAUCAUCAACUGAUUAGGCUGAGAGUGUCUCAAGACCAGCAGCCUAAUUCCAUCCUAUCUAUCUUUAUUUAUCUUGUUUUAUCAUAUUAGAAAUCAUAUCUCAUUUCUUUUUGCAUUUGUUUUCAGGUUCAUAACUUGCAUUCCAUCAUAUCGCCCAUCCGAUCAUCUCUUUGGUCGACCCAUCCAAGCUUCCAUCAUCCAUCUUGCCCACCCUGAUUUCCAGCCUGUAACAUUUGGUAUCAGAGCUUAAGCUCCUGAAUCAGGUCAAUUCUAUCCUUGCAUCAUUCAUCUUGUUUGCAUUUGUUUUUCCAAUUAUAAAUCAAAAAAAAAAGGUUUUGCAUUGUUAUUGUUCUUAGGAAAAGAAAAACAAAAGAGAAGAAGUUUCUUGCAUUUGAUUCACGAAAAUUUGAAAAAGAAAUAUCAUAUUGUGUUUGCAUUCAUUCCCCAGCUCCACUUGCCAUUUUUAGAUUUAGUGCAUUCAUUUAAAAAAAAAAAUCUGCAUUCCAUAUUUGUUUCUUGUUUAAAUCUUGCAUAAAAAUAAAAAUAAAAAGGCAUAGCAUUUUAUUAAUUUCGUGCAUACCAUAUUUGUUUCAUAAGUUUGUUAUUUGCAUUCAAAAAAAAAAAUCAUUCAUAUUGUUUGCAUUUGUUUUUCCAUCUUGUAAACCGAAAAUCCAUAAAAACAGUUUCUUUGUUCAAGUUUUGUUUCCGCAUUUGUUGUUGUGUUCUUUCUGUUCAUCCUCUUAAAAGCCACGAAAAAGUUUUUUUUGAUUCAUUUAAAAUCGAAAAUCCCAAAAGAAAAGUGUUUGCAUUCAUUAGUUUCCAUAAAAGAAAAUCCCAUAAAAAAAUGUUGUUUUGAAUUUGUUUCCUUUCCAUUUGCAUCCAUAAACUUAAAAGCCAAAAUAAAUCAUUCUCAGUAUUUUCAUACCAUUUCUAGUUGUCCAUUUCGUGCUUGCAUCAAGAAAACCAAAUAAAAAUAUUGCAUCUUAGUUUAAAUCAUUUUUGCAUAUUGUUGGUUAAUUCUUGCAUAAUUAAGAAAAUCAAAAAAAAAAUAUCAGCAUUAGUUUGCUUUCCAUAUUUUCUUUUCAUUUGUGUCUCUUAUCAUACCAUAUUGUUUAAUUUCGAGAUUGCAUUCAGAGAACCAAAAGAAAAAAAAAUCAUUUUAGUAUAGUUACUUCAUUUCGGUUCAUAAUUGCAUAUUUUCUCGGUUUAGUUAAAUUGCAUUCUUGCAUUUGUUUUAUUUUGGUUAGACCAAAACUUUCCAUACCGUCACUUGUUCUUUUAGGUUGUUUUCAGGAAGCAAUGGAGGAGGAGAUACACGGCCAAAACCUAAGGGCCACCUUGAGCCAACAGUCCGCAGCUCUACAAAAGCUCCAACUUAAGAUUGCUCAGUUAGAGAAAAGAAAUCAGGCACAAGGCCAACGUCCACAUGAAGGAGAAAGGAGAUUUGGAGAUGUACCAGGGGCUGUAUAUGUUGAGCCCAAGCCACCAGAUCCUUCAAGGAUCAAUCAAACUCCAACUUCUAAAACCCACAACCCUUAUGUUGUUAAUUCUCGGUUUGAUUAUAAAUCUUUUGCUGAUAAAAUUGAACUCUUUAAAUUUUCAGGGAAAAGAGGUUAUCUAAGAUGGGAGAGGAACCUUGAUGAAUGGUUUCACUUCAAAAACAUCCUGAGGAAAGAGAGGCUAGCUUAUGCUAUUGAUCAACUUAGAGAAGAAGCCUUGAAAUGGUGGGUACAAGAAGAAGAUGAUAGGCGGCUUUACAAGGAGCCAACUAUCAAAACGUGGAGAGCUCUUAAGGAAGUCAUGAGGGAUAGAUUUGCACCAGAUUUUACAAGUUCUGAAAUCCAAGAACUAUAUCCAAGGAGGUAUCCAACUCAUGGUUCCAAAGAAGCAAGAAGAUUAGUGGCACAAGAAGGUCAAAGAGUCUUGUCUCAACAAGAUAACUUUCAGCCAAACCAGGGGCACGCCAUUAUCCAUUGCUUAGACCAGAAUAAUGACAUCCCAAAGGUCAGGAAGAUGAGUACAAGUGUCGGCCAAAACACUUUGAUCAGGUCCAAAGACAAACCAGAGCAAGCUAUUGUCCAAGUAAAGGCCAAGGUAAGUCCUAUACUUGAUAAAUCUUUUCAUGAAUCAUCUACCACUUGUAUGAUGCACUUGUCUUUGUCCAAGAGUGUUGUUACAGGUAUUAAAGAGCCUAUAUCCCACGGAGAUGACACACCAAGAGCAAACCUUCUAAUGGAUCAGAAGGACAAGCAAUCCAAGUUGCUUAAAGAAGCAAAACCAGUAACCAAAGUGUCAAACCAAGGUAAGUAUCUAACACCACCUUUAGAUACUGGCCUAAACGUUUAUAUUCUUGGUACAGGUAUACUAGAUGAGGGACAUAUCCUUACUGCAGUUCCAAAGGCCAAAUCAGUACAUGAGCUCAAUCAAAAUCCACACCACAAGUGGAAACCGAAAACUGAACAAAGUGUUGUUCAAGUACCAAAAUCUGAGGUAAAUUCCACCCUAGAUCAGAAUGCUAUUAUUAAUUCCAUGACAAGAUUAAUGCACUUGUCUUGUCCAAGGAAAAGUGAAAUUGGUACAGGAAAUCAAGGUGAGUACAAGGCAAAUAAAGAACAAGAAGUUCUUACUGCCACAGCUGAAUUAAAGGUUAAUUGUUCUAUGUUUUCUUCAGUUUAUAAAUCCCUAUACUUUGGUAUAAUACACUUGUCUUUGCCAAGAUGUUUUGAUCCAGGGAUAAGUCAAGAAGAACAUAAAAACCGAGCUGAGCUAUCACAAAAAGAUGGUCAUACCAACCAAGGUAAACAGUUGCAAGAAAGGCAGCCAUCUAACCAAAUAUGUCCAAAGAAGAAUAUCAUUCUUCAUCAUGCUGAUGCACCCAAGGUAAAUCCGGCCAUAACAUAUUAUGUUCAUAAAACUCCAGUAUCAGAUAUAAUUCACUUGUUCUUUGUCCAGAAUGUUGAGAAUUUUUCAGGUUGCAAAGGAGAAAGCUUCAAGGAAAUCCCACCGGAUAAUCUUUUGUUGCUAGGAGGAUCAAACCCAAAGAUGGUCAGGACUGAGCCUACUAGGAGUAUGAAGGACCAUCCACUGAAGAAAAGAAGCAAUGCCAAAGUCCACAGCAGAGGCGUGAUCCUAUCCUAUUUGCUGAAAGAAGAGCCACCUGAUGCACAAUCCAUCCCCAAACCAAAACAAUAUCAAGGUAAGACCUUAGAAUCCCAAAAGAGUAUGAAAGCUGACUUGCUCUAUCUUGGUGCAGGUUAUACAGUUUCGAGGUCGAAACCUUUUCAAGGGGGAGGGAAUGUUGCGGCCAGAAAUUCAGCAGCUGAACCAGAGGUCGACCCAACACCCUACUCAACCAGCCAAGGUGCCAGCCAGGACAUAUGUGCACUAAACAUGCCAUAUCUUACAAAACAGGAGGGUUUAAAUCACGAGGCUAACUUUUAUGGAUUCUACACUCAAGGAAGAGUCCAGGCCAAUUGGAAUUGGGCCAAAAUAUUCAAGGAGCAAGAAGUUAUGAAUUUUACAAUUCAGAGGUUUCUCAACCCGUCCAUCAGCGAGUAUGCGACUUUAGAAGAGACUUCAAGCCCAAAAAAGAAGCGGCCUGAACCAAAACCGAUCAUAGGAGUCAAGAGGAGUUUAUUAGCUUUCCAGAAAGCCCAAGAUCUCGAUAAAUGGCCAAGGAAAUUGGAAGAUAUGAUCAAUUUCCCAAAACCGGCCAAACCAGCUCUACACUUGCCUUAUUUGGAAGAUCCGGGUUUCACAUCAAACCAACCUCAAGAAUGGCAACCAGGAGACCUUCUAAGUCAUUCAGAGGCACUACACAACAUCAUAGGAAGCACCAUGCCCACACAUCCCAUCAAACCAAAAGAUCAAGCGGUUUGCAUCAAUGGCCAAACGACAUUAUUUAAGGAAAGUCUUCAACCAAUUCAACUUGGUUCGACCCAGGGCUAUCUAUGGGAACCAGGAGAUACUCUAGACCAUUCAGAAGACAUCCAAGACGUCCUCAGCUGCACCAGCACCCAGGAGAUCAGGCGGAUCUCUCUUCCCAUCAACCUUCCAUAUUUGGCAACAUCUACACUAAAUGCUUUGGAGAGUUUCUACAGAUUUUUGCCAAAAACCAACGGCCAUAUUCUCUUUUACAGAGGCCAAGGAGAAUUUCAGGAAGGCUUGAAGAUCAUGGCCACGUCCAGAAGCUAUCAAGAUACAAGUCUUCACAAGUUUCUCUUUUGGAAGAAGCAAAUCAAGUCUAACGGCUAUAUCCAUGGAGUCAUCAAAGCCUUUGCUCCCAAGACUUUAA